ACUUCUUACUUUUCCCUACCAUGGCCAUGGCUAAUUCCAGAAGCUUCACAGCCUUUUUCACCGUCAUCUUUCUCAGCCUACUGUUCUCAUUCGCCACCGCAAAAUCUUAUACUUUCUACCGAAGCCUAUCUCGGAAGUCUUUGGGGCUGAAGAAGGAGAAGCUGAGCCACCUUCACUUCUUCUUCCACGACAUUGUCAGCGGUCCAAACCCCACCGCCGUCAGAGUGGCGGAGGCCCCCUCCACCAACUCUUCUUCCACACUUUUCGGAUUUAUAGCUAUGAUCGACGACCCAUUGACGGUGGGCCCCGAACCUGGAUCCAAACUUGUGGGAAAGGCCCAAGGUGUUUACGGAUCUGCAGCCCAACAGGAAACGGGCCUGUUGAUGGUAAUGAACUUCGUGUUCACGGAAGGGAAAUACAAUGGCAGCACGCUGAGCUUGUUGGGGCGGAACGCGGUGUUCUCUGCCGUGAGGGAAAUGCCAAUCGUUGGAGGAAGCGGGGCUUUUCGGUUCGCACGUGGGUAUGCUCAGGCAAUGACUCACACGUUUGAUCUGAAGACCGGAGAUGCUGUUGUGGAGUACAACGUUUACGUGUUCCAUUAUUAACCACUGAGUUGUUGAUGAUAUAGAAAACAUGCAACAUCGUUCUAAUGUCUUUUGAUUCUCUUGUUUC